AUGCGUGGUUUUCUGAACGCAGUCAGUGGUGACGUUCUAAAAAAAACACCAACGAAGAAGAAACUACGAUUUCUUCUUCUACGGUAUCCGUCUAAACGCAGCACACACUCACCCGUGUCCCAAAAACAACUAGAAGAGUUCACUCCACGGCAUGGCGAGCAGAUAAACUCAGACAACCCGCUCUCCCCUUCGGCACAUCUGGCUGUGAGGGCGUCCGAGUCCCCUCUCUCCAGAACCAGCCUGCAGGAACCUGUCAUCGCGGAGGUUCAGCCUCCGGAGGGGGAGGGAGUUUCAGAAAGCACGAAGUCAGCAGCGGACCCUGGGCGCCAUCUUGUGGUGGCAGAAUUUGGUCCAUUGUGGUACCAGCAGGAUAAAAGGAUUAUAGUUUUACAAGUGGGAAGUUUGGAUUUACAGCUUCAAACAUCUCUGGAAUACAGCCGGUAUCUGGUUGACGGGCGACAUCCCACCUGUAACUUCAUGUUGGAGGUGGAGAGAGACCAGGCGGAGUGUGCGAGGAGGCUGAAGGAGGAGGAAGCUGCCGGCGGCCAUAAAGAGCCGGCAUGCAAAGGAACGUGGGACAGCAUUGCAUGCUGGGAGCAAACUGAGAUCGGAGAGACCGUCACCAUCCCCUGUCCUCGAGUCCUCAAGACUGUGUUCGGCAGAAAUGGUAACAUCAGCAGGAACUGCACGUCAGCAGGAUGGUCGGACGUUUUCCCCAACAUCACCAGCACUUGUGGCUCGGACACCAGCCAUGACAAGCUGGUCUUCUACGUGGUGGUGCAGACGUUGUACACUCUGGGUCACAGUCUGUCUUUGAUCGCCCUCACCACAGGGAGCGCCAUCCUCUGUCUGUUCCGGAAGCUCCACUGCACCAGGAACUACAUCCACCUCAACCUCUUCUUCUCCUUCGUCCUGAGAGCCGUGGCCGUGCUGGUGAAAGACGACAUCCUCUUCAACCGAAACUCGCAGUGCUCCAACCAGCCGUCACUGGUGGGAUGUAAAGCCAGUCUGGUGUUUUUCCAGUACUUCAUCAUGGCCAACUUCUUCUGGCUGCUGGUAGAGGGUCUGUACCUCCACACGCUGCUGGUCGUCAUCUUCUCCGAGAACAGACACUUUAUCGUCUACAUGUUCAUCGGCUGGGGAAUCCCCACGGUGUUCGUCUUUGCGUGGGUGAUGACGAGGAUUUAUCUGGAGGACACCGGAUGCUGGGAGAGAAAUGACAACCCCAUACCCAACUGGGUGAUCAACGGACCAAUCGGAUUCUCCAUCAUGGUGAAUUUUAUCCUGUUCAUCAGCAUCAUUCGGAUCUUGGUUCAGAAGCUUAGGUGUCCUGACGUGGGUGGCAACGACCAAUCACAAUACAGGAGGUUGGCAAAAUCCACUCUUCUGCUGAUCCCUCUGUUCGGGAUCCACUACGUGGUCUUCGCUUCUCUCAGUGAAUCCAUUGCGGAGGCUUAUAAAAUAUUCUUUGACCUGGCCCUCGGAUCCUUUCAGGGUCUGGUGGUGGCGAUUCUGUACUGUUUCCUAAACAGUGAGGUUCAGGGCGAGCUAAAGAGAAAGUGGCGGAGUAUGUGUCUGAACUGCCGUCUGAGCAGAGAACACCACUUCAGCAGCACCUUUGCCUCCAGGAACGGCUCAGAGCACAUGGUGCAGUUUCACCGCAACUCCCGAACCCAGUCCAUCAUGCAGUCAGAGACCACAGUGCUGUGA